GUUUGCUUACAACUUACCUGUAAGUAAAACAAUAGUUUCAUCAUACCAUACAGCUUUCGCUUUCCGGCAAAUACAAGUAAAUUUGAAAUUAUGGACGAAGUUCAGAAAUAUACACAGCAUCUUGAGCAAACGGAGGCAGAACUCAGAAGACUUCAACAAGAAAUACAAGCUUUGCAGAAACCUGAGAAACUGGCUGCAUCUGGAGUUGUCUCCCCUGAAGUAGAAAAACUGCAAAGUGAAAAUUCAAAACUGAAGUACCAGCUGAAUCUUCUAAAACGUUUCAUAGAUAUGGAGAAGUCAUCUAAGCCUAAUCACACGGUGAGCAUCCCAGGAGCCCUGCAAGACAUUUUUGAGAUGGCUAUCCGGGAGGCGUUUCCUACCCUGCCAGAUCCACCGGUACUCCUCACGACCAGCAACAAGUCCGACUACCAGUGUAACAGUGCCAUGGGGAUAGCUCAGAUUCUCAAAGGAAGUGGACAGAAAGCCAACCCAAAAGAAGUGGCUCAAGCUAUAGUAGACAAAUUACAGCCUACAAAGUUCUGUGAAAAGAUUGAGAUUGCUGGUCCUGGAUUUAUCAACAUCUUUCUCAACAAACAAUAUGUUUCUCAAGCUAUAUCAGAUCUUCUGAAGAAUGGUGUCCAGCCUCCACCACUGUCUCGGAAAUGUCGAGUUGUGGUCGACUUUUCAUCGCCAAACAUUGCCAAAGAGAUGCAUGUCGGUCAUCUGAGGUCAACAAUCAUUGGUGAGACAAUCUGUCGUCUGCUGGAGUGGGUGGGUCACGAUGUGUUGAGGAUCAACCACCUCGGAGACUGGGGCACUCAGUUUGGCAUGCUCAUCGCUCACCUCAAAGACAGCUACCCAAACUUCCUGUCGGUGCCUCCGCCCAUAGCAGAUCUGCAGACAUUUUAUAAGCAAGCAAAAAACCGAUUUGAUGAAGAGGAGGAUUUCAAGAAACGGGCGUACGAAUGUGUUGUCAAACUUCAGUCCCACGAACCAGAGCACUACAAAGCCUGGCAGUUGAUUUACAACAUCUCUCGACAAGAAUUUCAAAAAGUGUAUGACCGACUCAGUGUUACAUUGAUAGAUCGAGGGGAAUCCUUUUACCAGGAGUUGAUGAAAGAUGUCGUCAAAUACCUGGACGAUAAUGGUUUUCUGAAGAAAGAAGAGGGUCGGAUGGUGAUGUUUGUGCCUGGUGAGUCUGUCCCGCUGACGGUCGUCAAGUCAGACGGGGGAUUCACGUACGACACUUCCGACUUGGCAGCUAUUCGACAGCGGCUUAUCGAUGAGAAGGCAGACUGGAUCAUAUACGUAGUAGAUUCAGGACAGGCAUUACAUCUGAACACCAUUUUCGCAGCGGCUGAACUUGUGGGCUGGAGUAGUCCCCAGCUUCACCGGGUUGAACAUGUUGGAUUUGGAGUUGUCCUCGGGGAAGACAAAAAGAAGUUCAAGACACGGUCUGGGGACACUGUGAGACUGGUCGACCUGCUGGAUGAAGGUCUCAAGAGAGCGGAAGCCACACUCAGGGAGAAGGGACGAGACAAGGUGCUGACGGACGAGGAAAUGAAGAAAGCUAGGGAGGCUGUUGCGUACGGUUGUAUCAAGUAUGCCGAUCUCUCGCACAAUCGAUCACAUGAUUACGUCUUCUCAUUUGACAAGAUGUUGGAUGACCGGGGCAACACUGCUGCUUACCUUUUGUACGCCUACACUCGAAUCAGAUCUAUAGCUAGGAAGGCAAAUAUUUCAGAUGAUGAAUUGAAAAAAACAAUGAAAACCACCACCAUCGUUCUGGACCAUGAGAAAGAAUGGAAGCUUGCAAAAUGCCUCUUGCGAUUUCCCGAGGUUAUUCUGAAAAUGUUGGAUGACCUCUUUCUUCAUUCACUCUGUGAUUACCUGUAUGAAGUGACAACAACGUUCACAGAAUUCUACGAUGUCUGUUACUGCAUUGAGAAGGAUAAAAGCUCAGGUGAUAUUUUGAAGAUUGACAUGAGCCGACUGCUACUGUGUGAGGCAACAGCCAGCAUAAUAGGAGCCAUAUUUAACAUCUUGGGAAUAACACCUCUUGACAAGAUGUGAACAGACAACAAAACAAAAAACGAAAACACUCAAGAACACUGAUUAAAUCUCCGUCAUAAAAACAUUUAAAAUCCUGAUUUUUCUCUGCGAAUGCCUCCAUUUCUGUAUGCCAGCUUCCCGACAGUGCAAUCAAUAUUAAAUGUUAAUUAUAUCAUUGAUUUUCAUAAGGACAUCAUAAACUGAUGUUACUCUUGACAUUUUGAAAUAUUACUCUUGCGUUGUGUGUUCUGAUUUAUUACCAUUCUGAUGACACAGUUGUAAUUAUGAUCCCAGAAUGUCUCUGUGUUGUUACAAGUAUUCAUAUAAAGUUCUGUCAUAAACUAUACAUAACUUGCAUUGUGAACCCAUUCACAGCACCAAUGAGACCAUGAUGAUAAAUUCAAGCUGAUUUAUAUAAAAUAUUUUGCUUCGAACAUUAACCAGACCUCUUGUUCUCUUCAUACAUUAACCAGAUUUUUGUGUUUGAUAAAUAAAUGCAUGCAUGCAAUGUGGAUUUCAGAUUACAGAAACAAAGGAGGCCAUGUGUAAGUUUCGUUCCCAUGACAAAUAUCAAAAUACAUCAACAGGGCAUGGGAACAGAUAUCGAAAUACAUCAACAGGGCAUGGUAACAGAUAUCGAAAUAUAUCAACAGGGCAUCAGGCACAGAUCCAGGGGUUUGUGAAAGGGAGCGGGUGGGGCGGAGGUGUUUUAACAGGCUUUUAUUUUUUUAUUUUUUUUAUGUCUGUGAAAACAAAAGGGGGCAUACCUCUUAGCACCUCCUGAUCAAGAGAGUUGUUCAGGUUAUCAGAUUAAAACAUGUCCAGAAAGUCAAUGGCACUUCUUUCUCCAUAACAUCUUAUUUAAACAAAAUCUACAUCUCCUAAAUUUUGAUGAGUUGUGUGUUAUAAAACUAUACAUACAAGUAUCAGACUUUAUAGUAAUAAUAAUGAUUAUUCUUAAACUUGAUAAAUGUACCAAUUGACACUAAGCUUAUUGCAAUGCCUGCAUGAUGCUGUUUGUAUUUAUGGGAAACAUUUGUAUUCAGUUAAAAAAUGUGUUUAAUGACACCACUAGAGCACAUUGAUUUAUUCAUCAUCAGCAAUUGAAUCUCAAACAUUAUGUAAUUUUGACUAAAUAUUAUAGUCUUAGAGAGAAAACCUGCUACAUUUUUCCAAUAGUAGCACCAUCCCAGACAGGAUAUACCCAUCAUGGUGUACUGGCUGGAAGAAAAAAUGGCUUAAUGGGCCCACAAAUGGGGAUCAAUCCUAGACUGACCGCACAUCGAGGGAGCACUUUACCACUGUGUUGUGUCCCACCCCUCUUUAUAGUAAUAAUAAUGAAAAUUCUAAAACUUGAUAAAUGUGCCACAACCCAUAGACACUUAUGAUUAUUGCAAUGCCUGCAUGGUGCUUUUUGUAUUUAUGUUAAACAUUUGUAUUCAGUACCAAUAUAAACAGAUUUAUUUUCUAUUAAAGGUAAUAUGGAUAACGCUCUCAAAUUGUAAAGCAUCAUUCAAGUUAAAAAUUUGGUAGUAACACGACUUGUAGUAGUGACUCAAAUUAUAACAUGAGAAUCAGUUUAUGGAAACAGCCUACAGUACCUACAAAAGUGUUUAUUUUGAGGUUCACACAUUCAGAGUCUGCUAGAAGUUGUUACUAUAAAACUUGUAACAUGAGAAUUUAUGUUAAUUUGAUGUUAAUUACACACUGUAAAUUAUGAAAUGUUGAGUUUUGGGAAUCUUAUUAAAUUAGCAAUUGAUCAUCAGUUCACGUCAACCAAUCAGUGAUCAAGAAGUUUGUUUGGUUUGCCAACACCACUAGAGCACACUGAUAAUCAGUGAUCAGUUAAUAAUCAUCUAGAUAUAAAAAAUAUUUGGGGGACUUACAUUUGUUGGCUACUUUAUGCCAAACACUGGAGGUGAAGGUUUUUUUUUCUAUCUUUAAAAAUUAUGAAAUGAUAAAAAAUAAUAGAAAAUAAUGAAUUUGUUUAUAUAUGUAUUUUGAAGAGUUUAAUUUGUUUCACAGCAUGCGACAUUUUGGUGUUACACAAACUUAAUAGGAGUUAACAGUAAACCUAUGCAUUAGUGUCCCAAGAAGCACAGUAGUAUAAGGGAAGUAACUCCAUAUUAUUAUAUUUGAUUUGACAAUCAUGAAAUAGGGAUAUAUGGACCAAGUGAGCAAAUUAAUACUCGACAAAGUUAUAUUAAAUUUUUUAUAAUGUGUUGUGAUAUAGCACACAACAAUGUAACAUUUGUUAUACACACUAAUUCAGGAUGACUGAAACCACUACACUUAAUAUCAAUUGUAUGAAGAUCUGAUAAACUGAUAAAAUUUUAUACCCAAAUAAAAAAAUCUGUCUGCUAUAAAUCAUUAAAACAAUAAUCAAUCAAAUGUGAUCAUUAUUAAUUUUUUCAAGUUUUGCCACACCUGACUUGCCAGGUGUCCAUUUGGUUACAUUUAUAGUUUAUAUAUGUAGAAUAAUCAUGUUCUUCUUGAAGUUCAAAGUUUAAAUAUACAGCAACAAUGUGCACUGCUUGUUCAUCAGGUAUUAAAAAUGUACGUGCAUCAA